AUGAUUGCACUGUACAAAAGAGAACGCUGGUUGAGUGAUGUGUUCGCUCGAUCGAAUACCUUAAGAGAAGAACGCGCGAGUAUCAUAGGAGGUGAAAUCAGAGCGGUAGCUGAGAGCCGACUUCUAGGUGGCUCAUCACAGCAGAGCCAGCGGCAAAUGAAUCGAAAAUGCUACAUGAUGUUUGAAAAAGAUGGCAGUAAAGAAGGCUAA